GGUGCUGACGUGACUACGUUCCAGGAUGCGGCGGCAGAUCGGCAUAAGGUCCACAUAACGAAGAUUCGUGACUCUUUAGCAGGCGGAUUGCAUAGUGUCAAGAAUGAAGACUACUUUCACGGAUUCCUACCGAAGGAGCAGGAGCAGUUCAUCAUUUCAGUCAGAAAGUCGCUACCGAGCGAAGAUGUCGGCAAGCAUGCUCAGCAGAAAAACAAUAACCAGACUAAAACAGACGAUGAAGUCGAGGUAAGUUGUGAAGGCCGUGGAUCAACGCGUGUCUCGCACUCAUGGCCUUUAGGGCCAGAUCCGGCCAUACUUGCUAAAACCCUCACCCUCGAGAAUUGCUCACCACUCCACCACAGGUUCAGAGGAUUGAUAGAAUAUCACCGUCGAAAUCAUAUCGCGUUUGACGAGGACGGAACGCUGAUCAAACGUGCCAUCAAACGAGCUGAAUGGCAACUGAACCAUGAGCAGAUUGUCAAAACGAAGAAACUCGGAGAUGGAGCCUUCGGUGAUGUCUACAAAGGAGUACUUCACUGUGGACUGAUCGAUUCCAAAGAAGUUGCCAUCAAAACCAUUCUCGGGACAGUUUCAACCGAAGAAAAUGAAAAACUAUUCAGGGUUUGCUUUUCCCCUGUUCUAAGGACUGCUGCCCCGCGAAUCUACGAAUUCCUACAGGAAGCCAUGCUGAUGAGGCGGCUGGUCCACCCGAACGUGGUGAUGCUGAUUGGAGUCGCGUCAAACGAGGAGCCCGUGAUGAUCGUCAUGGAGUUCGCACAAGGCGGAUCCGUCCUUGACGCCGUGCAACAACAACCCGGACCGUCCAUUUACGUCCGUAUCAAGUACUGCAAUCAUGCUGCUCUUGGCCUCAGCUAUCUUUCCAAGCAGGGGAUUAUCCAUCGAGACGUCGCUGCACGAAACUGCUUGAUCGGUAAACACGAUACGGCGAAGAUUUCCGACUUUGGGUUGAGUAUUGUGGGAACGCAGAAGAAAGAGAAAACGCUGAAGAAGGUACCAGUACGAUAUUUAGCUCCAGGAAACGCUCAAGAAGAGGGAAUAUACCGUAAAAACAGACGUGUGGAGUUUUGGAGUGUUCGUGUGGGAGUGUAUGUCACGGCGAUGUUUCGAAUCUACGUGUUUCACGAUGGAAAGGAGCCCUAUGGUGAAAUGAAUGCGAAAGAAGUACGGAAAUAUGUGCUUGGCGGUAAUACGCUCGACAACGAGUCUGAUCACUAUCCACAACACAUGUGGUCCAUCACGACGGUGGGUACUUUAUUUGGAGCGAAGAAAUCAAAUGAACCCAUCAAAAUGACAUGGACAACCUUCCCAACCAGGCUUACAUAA